CCACUCCCAUACUCGCUCCGACACUACAACUCCAACCCCAACCAUCCACCCAUCACAGCACACUCCCUCAGCAAGUCUACAUACCUAGCCUGCCACCAUGCAGAUCUUCGUCAAGACCCUCACCGGCAAGACCAUCACCUUGGAGGUUGAGUCAUCCGAUACGAUCGACAAUGUCAAGUCGAAGAUACAAGACAAGGAAGGCAUCCCACCUGACCAACAGCGCUUGAUCUUCGCCGGCAAACAGCUCGAGGAUGGACGCACUCUGUCGGAUUACAACAUUCAGAAGGAGUCUACUCUGCAUCUCGUCCUCCGCCUUCGUGGUGGUAUGCAAAUCUUCGUCAAAACUCUCACCGGCAAGACCAUCACCCUUGAGGUGGAAUCCAGCGAUACGAUCGAUAACGUUAAAUCGAAGAUCCAAGAUAAGGAGGGCAUUCCCCCAGAUCAACAGCGCUUGAUCUUCGCUGGCAAGCAGCUCGAGGAUGGCCGUACUUUGUCCGACUACAACAUUCAGAAAGAGUCCACACUUCACCUUGUCCUUCGUCUCCGUGGUGGUAUGCAGAUCUUCGUUAAGACUCUGACUGGUAAGACUAUCACCCUCGAGGUGGAGUCGUCUGAUACCAUCGACAAUGUGAAAUCGAAGAUUCAGGAUAAGGAGGGCAUCCCCCCGGACCAACAGCGCCUUAUCUUUGCUGGAAAGCAGCUCGAGGACGGCCGAACUCUCUCCGACUACAACAUCCAGAAAGAAUCUACUCUCCACCUUGUCCUUCGUCUCCGUGGUGGUAUGCAGAUCUUCGUUAAGACUCUGACUGGUAAGACUAUCACCCUCGAGGUGGAGUCAUCUGAUACCAUCGACAACGUGAAAUCGAAGAUUCAGGAUAAGGAGGGCAUUCCCCCAGACCAACAGCGCCUUAUCUUUGCUGGAAAGCAACUCGAGGACGGCCGAACUCUCUCCGACUACAACAUCCAGAAAGAAUCUACUCUUCACUUAGUCCUCCGUCUGCGAGGUGGCAUGCAGAUCUUCGUGAAGACUCUGACCGGCAAGACGAUUACGCUUGAAGUUGAGUCAUCCGACACGAUUGACAAUGUCAAGUCAAAGAUUCAGGAUAAGGAGGGUAUCCCACCCGACCAGCAACGCCUCAUUUUCGCUGGUAAGCAGCUCGAGGACGGUCGAACGCUCUCAGAUUACAACAUCCAAAAGGAAUCUACUCUGCACUUGGUGCUCCGUCUCCGUGGCGGCCAGUGAGCGGCAGAUGGGCGUGGAAUCUUUCAUGGAAUGGCGUUCGAGCAUGGCACAAUGGGCAGGUCUUCUGCGAUGGUGUCUUCAUGGUAUUUCUAGCUAGUUCACACGGCCAAUAAGGCCCUCAAUACAAUCACCGACAUGUCUACGGGCUGAGAGUUUCAAUCUCCAAACGCCGAAACACCCAUUAUUCCAUGCUCGAUGUGCUGUGAUGCUCAAGAUGAACUCCAACAAAUGGCGGAACGAGUUCCUUGUCGCCACUUCUAAGUUCGCCAAUACGAAUUAAACGUGACAAUCUCGGCCGAGCAAAGCGGAUACAUUCCGACUCUUGCUACUUGGAGAAUUU